AUGGGGGUUGAUCAUUUAACAUCAUCAGUAGACACCCUGUUGGAAAAAUCGAUGUUAUCACCCAUUGGUUGGAAGUGUGAAAAUUUCCAGUCAAACAUACAUCCAUCUGCACCAACUGUUGUCAAUGGUGGGGAAUGGGAAUACCAAUUCGAAAUUCCAAACAAAUGGAAUCAAUUAAUAGAUCGAGUGUUUAGCCGAUUGCCGUCUGUUGCAAAUGAACAUUUCCUUGAAGAAUUUCACUAUACAGUAGUUUCCAGCGAUCUAUUGAAUGCUUCGAAUCCAUGGAGGCUAUCCAAGAUGUCCACCAGUGGAUUACUUCCGACAAUAAUCCCAGACAAGUCUAAGACAAUACGUAUUAGAAAUUUCCCCUACAUGACUACCAUUCUGCACGUAAGGAAAAUCUUAAAUCGUUUGAAAUUCAGCAAUGGGAGCAGGAGAAGAGUUGUCAUUACUUUGCUCAUCGCCCUUUAUUUGACUUACCAACAAGAAUUUCACAAAAUGCAAUCCUCAAGGCAAAAUGCGUUAUCGAUAUUGAAAUCAAUGCUAGACUCUCUACAAAGAUUAACGGUACUACAACAUAACUAUUUUGCGGCUCAUAAAGAAAUCUCAAAUCAAUGUGGUAGCGAUAGAAUUGGUCUCGUUGUAACAGAUCUCCUUGGAUCGAGUCUCGAUUUACUCUUUUAUAGUAUGACAAACGCUACGCAGGAUUUGUUAACAAUUAGUAACAGCUCCGAACUGUCUAAAUACUGCGGAAUCUAUGGUGUACCAUUAUCUGAAUUAUACUACAGACUCACAGAACCUGCUAAUGAUAUGGAAUCACGAUGGACUAGACUAAAGGUGAUGAGAAGCUUUAUGCUAUGUUGCCUACUUUCACAGAACCAUUCUGGUGGUAGGGUCGGUAAUAACUCUACUUGUGAUUUGGAAAUGUGCAAUUUCUUACGCAAAAUUUUCCCCAAUUAUAAUUUAACCCAAAACUCAUUAAUUAAUCAAUCCAAUAGAUGGAAGUUAAUAACCACUAAUAUGCAACAGUUGCAAAAUUUAACUGUUUCAAUGACUGCGUCGAUGUUAAGGCAUACCGAGCUAAUCAACAAUCACCGUAAUUCUGUGCCGAAUGCUAGAAGCGUAAAGAGGUAUAGUAAAUUCUAUUUACCACCAGAAGAUAAAAAAUCAUCAUCACAAGGUCCGAUACGAUUAUCAACAACGUUACAUGGUCUUAGAGAACUGGAAAAAUUACUUAUUGUCACGAACGAGGAGACUACGACUACUGAUUCGACGAUUGAGCUCGUUAGACAAAGGUUAAUCGAUUUACUAGCACUAUGGCAAACUGAUGAUAAUGACGAGGUUGUAAGCCAGGGAAGGAAAAAUGGUAUAUCUAAGACCAAAUUUGGUAAUAGAGGACUUUCACUAGAUGUUGUACAAAAUCCAAGAGAAUCUAUCAUUAAAUGUGGCGGGCCACAUUUAAACUUAUCACCAAAAUUAAAGGAUCAUGUUGUAUUUACACCCGUGGACGAAACUCAAUCAGAUAUAGAACAAGACUCAGAUUAUGAAUUACAGAAGACAGCUGCCACUGAGACGAGCAACGAUGAAGAAGCUGUCAAUUCUAAGAAAACAUUAAGAUCUUCUGAUAAAACUUUAAUUGAUCAAAGAAUAGCCAAAUUUCAAUCAUUAAGUGACGACGAGUUAAGACUUAAAUUGGAAGAAGGCAUUUCGAAAUUUGCCCAAGAAAACAAAAAAGGAAGGCAAAAAUUGAGAAGUCAAAAAUCUUUUGAAUUACUGAGAAAACCACACAAUAAGGAAUUUAUGAGUGUACAGGGUGCCCUACGUCAAAUUUCUUCAGCUUCAGAAAUAACUCUGAACAACACAUUUUCCACGGAAGAAACGAUCCCCAUGUAUUAUGAAUUGCAAAAAAUCUUAGAUAAAUGA